CGCAGUGAGUGGUCGUUUUUUAACUGCUUGGAUUGCAGCUUAGAAGCGCAACUUUUCAGGUAUUGGUCAGCUCAGACAAUGUGCGGCAGCUGAUGGACAGUACAAGGCCAGGCUUCAUUCAAAGCCGCGUCCGGUGCGCUGGGCCUGCUCCAACAAUGCAGUUCCACGGUCGCUGUGAUGAUGCAACGAUCCGCAGAGCACUGCAGUGUGAAAGGCCUGACUUCAGCAAAGGUCUUUCUGACUUGCUGCCCUAUGCCAAACCCAUGAUGGGGCCACUGGUCUUUGACUGUCACAAAGCACAAGAUGUGCUCGUGCUAGGUCUCGGAGGUGGUACGAUGCCAAGCUUCUUGGAGACAAAGUGCCCAGGAAGUCAUGUCUUGGCAGUUGACAACAAUGAGAAUGUGCUGAAAGUCGCCAGAAACUAUUUUGGCUUUCAAGGUGAAGCCAUGAUAGAUGAUAUUCACUCGGCAUUGUCCAAACUAUCCCGCCUAGAUAAGUCGUUUGAUGCAAUCGUCACAGAUGUGGGUCAUAAUAUCCGCUUGAACCAGGAGGACCUGCACAAUGUGGUCCAUUUGCUAAAGCCGAACGGGGUGCUCAUGGAAAAUUUGAGCACCCCAUCUUUUGCUGAAGAACAAGUAGCCCUCUUCAAAGACUUUCUGGGCGACGUAUCCGAAGAAGUCAGCGGACAGAAUCACAUUCUCCUUGGGCGGUCCUCUCCUUCUAGAUUGGUCAAGCUGUGACUUGCGGAGUAAAAGGACUGCCAAGAGCGU